UUUAACUUCUCCCCAACUGGACCUCAGGAUCAACAUGCUUCUCCUGUCUCGUAGUUCUCUUCUCCGUUUCCCAACUGAAAUCAUAACCAGCCGAUUAUGGUCAAAACGUGGUGUCAGCCCCAAUAUGAUUGAAAAAAAGAGCCCUAUCGCGGCGUAAUGGAAACUCCUGACUCCCGGGUCUGAUCGGAAUACAUAAAGGAGCAGCGAGGAGUGAGCAAUCAGGGCUCUGCCUUGAAUUAAUCACUCACUGUUUAAUGGAUCUGUGAGGCUCGCGCUUGACGCAGUUAGGAGCCGCAGCUCUUGUAUUCUGUGGCCAACAGAAUCCCUGGAUUUUUCAUCAGAAAUCUGCUGCCUCCUUGAAAUGUAUUGGGGUUCAUGGUGACAUAGGGUUCCCGUUGAGGAUCUGGAAAGGAUAGAGGGCUGCUGCUCCUCUCUUCUAAGCAGAGGACCAGAAUAAGUGUCCAUGAGGAUGGGACUGAUGCUGCUGGAGGAUCCCAGAGAUGCUUUUACUCAUCGGAGAUAUUAACCUAGAUCGCAGAGGGAGUUCCUCUGAGCCCAUGAAUGUGACACUGAAAAAAAGACAGUGGAAGAAACAUUAGGAUGCUACUGAUUAAUAAUGUACAAGCACAAGCAAACCUGAGGUGGUGAAAUACUGAAUCUCAGCAAACCAUCUCUAAAGUGUCACUGCAGGCUCAAAAUGUACAUGCCCAACAUCGUUUUGUAAAUGGCUGAAACGCUAGGACGGAAUUAUCCUUCACUGGACAGGAAGGACAAAAUAUUGUUUGACCACUGAAUAGAACAGUUGAAAGUCCAGUUUGAUUACAAAAACACAGUUCAACGUUUAUAGAGACCAAAGUGGUGCAAUCUUCUAGCUUUUUGCCCGGUUCAUGACAUCAAGAGGAGCACCAAUGGCCUGCGGUGGAAACAAAGUGAUGAGUGCCUUUUUCUGGUCUGUGGCCGUGUUAUAUUUGACUCAUACAGGCAGAGUCAAUGGUGACUGCUGGCUCAUUGAAGGUGAGAAGGGCUUUGUGUGGCUGGCCAUCUGCAGCCAAAACCAACCACCAUAUGAGGCUAUCCCCACACAUAUAAACAGCACCAUUGUGGACCUUCGACUCAAUGAAAACAAGAUCAAAAGUAUACAUUUCUCUGCACUCAGCCGCUUUGCCAACCUGACUUACCUAAACCUGACCAAGAAUGAAAUCAAUUACAUAGAAGAUGGAGCCUUUUCUGCCCAGUUCAACUUACAGGUCCUUCAGUUAGGCUUCAACAAACUCCGUAACCUCACAGAGGGCAUCCUCAGGGGUUUGACCAAGCUUCAGUACCUCUACCUCCAGGCCAACCUGAUUGAGACUGUGACACCCAAUGCCUUCUGGGAAUGCCCCAACAUCGAAAACAUUGACCUAUCUAUGAACCGUAUUCAGCAGCUAGAUGGGAACACGUUUACCCAGCUGGCUAAACUGACCACCUGUGAGCUUUACACAAACCCGUUUAACUGUUCCUGUGAACUAUUCGGCUUCAUAAAGUGGCUCUCCAUGUUUCCAAACAGGACAAAUGAACGUAUGGUCUGUGACUCUCCAUUAGAUGUCUCCGGCUAUAGUCUGCUCAAUCCUAACAACCCAACUUUUCAGAAUGCUCUCUAUAUGCUAUCCACUGUGUGUACGGAAGACCAUGUGACACAGUACAUACCAAUGCCUCCUGAGACCACCACCCUCUCACCAGACUUUACUCCCUGCGGGAUGGAGGACUGUCCUUCAGGUACUGAGCCAGAUGACAAUCUUUUUGUUCCAACAUUGAUUGAUGCAGAUAUAAACGCUACUAUGAAGCUGAAGCAAGUCUCAAAAACAGGCGCCACAAUCACUGUUCAGAUCCCUCAUCCCUUCAAAAAAAUGUACAGUCUGGUUCUCUACAAUAACAGCUUUUACACUGAUAUUCAAAACCUAAAAAUUCAAAAAGAGGACAUAGAACUUAAAAACCUAAAACCCCAUACAAACUACACUUACUGUGUUGUUUCAAUAAAGAGUGCUCUUAGAGUCAAUCAUACGUGUCUGAUGAUCUCCACAGGACCCUGGAAUGGGAAAGAGAGACUGCAAAACAAUGCAACAGCUACCCACUACAUUAUGACCAUCCUAGGUUGUCUCUUCAGUAUGGUAAUUGUCCUAGGGGUGGUCUAUUAUUGCUUGAGGAAAAAACGACAGCAAGAUGAAAGGCAAAAAAAGGCUGGUAGCCUUAAGAAAAAUAUAAUUGAACUGAAGUACGGGCAAGAGCUCGAAGGGGGAACCAUUUCCAGGAUGUCACAGAAGCAAAUGAUGGCCGGGGAGAGUUUGUCCCGCAUGCCGUACCUGCCAUCUGGUAGUGAAAUGGAGCAGUAUAAGCUGCAGGAGAUAAGAGAUGACACGCCUAAAAUGGCCAAGGGAAGUUACAUAGAGGUGCGUGGCACUGGAGACCACCAUGAACGCAGGGAUUGUGAGAUGUCCAUGCCUGGGAUGUCCGUACCAGGGAACAGCCAAGGCUCAGUGGCUGAGAUUUCAACAAUUGCGAAAGAGGUGGAUAAGGUCAAUCAGAUCAUUAACAACUGUAUCGAUGCUCUGAAAUCUGAAUCCACGUCUUUUCAAGGGGUCAAAUCGGGAGCUGUGUCCAACCAGGAGCCCCAGCUUGUCUUAAUAUCAGAGCAGCCGCAGAGCAAGUCUGGGUUCCUGUCCCCAGGGUAUAAGGACAGCUACCACCACUCAUUACAGAGGCACCACACCUCGGAUAUCUCAACAAAGCGUCCCAGCACCGCUACUGGAGGUCCAAUGCGGAGCCCAAGGCCUUACCGUUCGGAGUCCAAGUACAUAGAGAAGACCUCGCCAACGGGUGACACCAUCCUGACUGUAACUCCAGCUGCUGCCAUCCUCAGGGCAGAGGCCGAGAAGAUCAGGCAGUACAGUGAGCACCGACACUCCUACCCAGAAAGCCACCAGCUGCAGAUUGAGGAAUUGGAAGGGCCCGGAAGCCACAAGCCCUCCCUCCUAGAGCCCCUAACACGCCCACGACCCAGAGACAUGGCGUAUUCUCAGCUGUCCCCUCAGUACCAUAACCUCAGCUACUCCUCCAGUCCUGAGUACUACUGCAAACCACAACACACUAUCUGGGAGCGAUUUAAACUCCACCGCAAACGGCAUAAGGAUGAGGAUGAGUACAUGGCGGCCGGGCAUGCUUUACGUAAAAAAGUGCAGUUUGCCAAGGAUGAGGACCUGCAUGACAUUUUAGACUACUGGAAAGGUGUAUCUGCCCAACAGAAAUCUUAAUCUAUCCAAGUGUUUUCUAAUGGACAACAACUUUCAGAGAUGACACAGAUACCUUAUAUGUAAAACUUAUUGAUUAGAUGGAUUCUUCCAUAUUGCGAUCAACUACUUAUCCUUAUAUAUCGCAAUAUAUUUUGACUGUGAUUAAUAUGGAAAAAGAACCUUGGAAAUUACCAUCCUGGAAAAUACCAUCUGGAAUUUGUCACAUUAUGUAUGAAAUGUAUGGUAAUAGACUUUAAUCUAACGUUUCAAGAAGAAAACAUGUUGCAAAUUAAUUAUAUGGAUUAUAGGUAUUUGGGUAUCGCAUGGCCAAGUCCUGUGACAGUGGAUUUGCUGUUGUGUACUUUGAGAAAAUACUGUAACAAACAUCAAAAAACAUGUCUUCUGAAACCUAAAUUUUUUUUUUUGAAGAACUACUGAACAUAAGAAAAAUUCUCCCCACAUAUAUUUCAUUCUACAAAGGAACUAUGUACAGAUAAAGUUUCUAUAUUUGCCAUUUUUGCAGGUAAGAACUGAAAAAAUUAUGGAUUUGAAUCAGGUUUAGCCUAUGGUUUUCAGAGACAAUUAUUUUGUUUGUUCUUAAUGAUUGCCAUGUCCUUACUGAUAAAAUUUAAACUGAUCAAGAAAAUUGGUAUUAUCCUACCCAGAUCACUAAACAUGUCCUUCCCUAUCCAAUAAUAAAUGUUUGAGGCCACAAAACAAACUGCACAAUAUUUGAAGGCUGGAAUUUUCUAUAUGUUAUAUUCCACUUUAGACAGUUAUCUGUAUUUACUGAUGAUGAUGGUCUGUGUUAGCAUCAUGACACAUCAGUCGUAUCUUUAGAACCAAAGUAGAAAAGGCUGAAGUGUUUCAAACAUUUUCUUUCUGCAUGGUCUGAGAUAUGUGUGAACAUACAGUAGUAAAUCAGGUUCCAUAUGCAUUUCUUUUGAAUUUUUUCUACUGAGUUUCGAAGAGCCAAAACAUUUUCAUAGUUUCUUUUGCUAAAGUUUAAUUAAUCAUUCACGUUUAUAUUACAACUAUUUUCCACAUUAGGCAUCUGCAGUUUCUCACCUAAUGGUUAGGCCGAAUGCUGAGAAUGCAUUUCACAUUCUCUACUGGAAUAUCUAUCUUAUAGCCCGAUGGAUGAAUGUACAACAUACACAAUUAAAUAUGUAAACGGCAGCUUUUUGUUUUCUUUCAGUUUUACAUUCUUUGCUUUUUACAACCAUAUUCUCCUAUUUUAUUUGCCUCAACUUGGUUUAUCAAUUCAUAUAUUUCCCAUAAUUUAUUAUACUGAAUAUGUGUCUACCAUUUUUAACCAAUAAAGUAAAAACAGCAAAGUCAGUUUGAUUCACUGACGGCUCUUGUUGAAGGUUUUUUCUUCUUAUACUGUUUGGCUGUUAUGACUCUUUUGUAAAUUAUCAAAGGUAUAUCAAAAUACCAGGUUUUACUAUUCACAAUUGUCCCAUGAAUGCCUGAACUAAACUAAUGGCGCUGUAUAUUACCUAUACAAUAUUUUAUUUUGUGGAUACAAGAGAUACCUUGGCUGUCUGAGUUCUUAUUUCAACCGCCUUAAACUUCUGAAAUAUGUGUGCGACUGUAAUUUUCUUUGUUGAUAUUGUCUUUAUUUGUUGUAAUUUUUCUAAAUGCAUUUCAAUAGAUUCCAAGAGCUGUCCGAUUUCUAGAUUAAUUAGCAAGUAAGCUACAUGUUUUUAUACUGCAUAUUGUAGCACUUCUGUGUCUCAUUAAAAUUAGAAUUGUUGGGAAACCGGUGGAAAAAACAGUAAACAGCUGUUGUACACCAGAUAACAAGAGCACAAUAGAGUGUUUUUUAUUUUAUUUCUAAUUACUAUGUUAUCUGCUUUCAGACAAAGUACUGUGAAAUAAAGUUAAGGGU